AAGAAAAUUCAGUGACCGGCGUGAGAGUUUCUCAUUUCUUUUCUGUCUCUCAUAAAAUUGACGAUUCCAGAUGAAUUAAUGCUUUCUCUCUCUGUCUCUCUCUAUCUUUUUCACCCUCUGUUUCCUGUAACUUUCCCUCCUAAACUAACUCUCUUGUUCUUCGUCUCCCUUGUUCCGCUUAUAUAUAUACAAACGAGAUUCCUUCAGAGGAAAAGAAAGAAAAAAGAAAAAGAAAAACACUCCUAAUCAAACCAGCUUAGUUAGUUUUGAAAGCUUGUUUGGGUUUUGCUGGUAUUCUGGUUCAUCUAGCUAAUUCAUCAGGCAAUGGACACAAAAUCGGUCAAUAUUUCCCUGGAUCUCAAUCUUAAUCCCCUCCACAGAAUCGAUGAAUUAGCUCCGCAGGCAGCUUCAGCUGGAGCUUUGGCAGAAGAGUUGAAUAGGAUAAGCACAGAGAACAAGAAGCUAGCUCAAAAGUUAACCGCCAUGUGCGAGAGUUAUAAUGCUCUACAGAACCAUUUCAGGGAAAUGAUAAGCAAGAACCCUGAUUUCUUAAGAAAGAGAAAGCCAGACUCUGAAGAUUACAACAGUGCCAUUGGGUUUACUAAUAAUGGAAACACCGAGUGCAGUUCCAGUGAUGAAGACUCUUAUAAAUGGUCCAGGGCAAUUAAGUCUAAGCUUUCCAGGGUUUGUGUACGGACUGACUCAUCCAAUACCAGCCUACUUGUGAAGGAUGGUUAUCAAUGGAGAAAAUAUGGACAGAAGGUCACCAGAGACAACCCAUCCCCUAGAGCUUACUUUAAGUGCUCUUUUGCACCCAGCUGCCCGGUCAAAAAGAAGGUUCAAAGAAGUGCUGAAGAUCCAUCUCUGUUGGUGGCUACUUAUGAAGGAGAACACAAUCACAUCCAUCCUUCCCAAGCCGAAAUAUCGAUAAGUCCAAGUCAAGCGGCAAAACUUGUUAGUUCAUCAUCACUUCCAAUUUCAGCAGCUUCCACUAUUAGUAAUAAUAGAUCCUUAAGUACUUCUACUCUCACACUUAAUUUGAUGGAACCGGCCUUGGGGGCUUGUAACACUAGUACUAAUACUAGUAGUAACAAUAUGAAUGCCAAAUUAAUUGCCGUCCAAGAAAAUAUCAAUGAAGCGGCGCCGGCUGGAUUUAUGCAACAGUUUUUGGUCAAAGAAAUGGCUUCUUCUUUGACAAGGGAUCCCAAUUUCACUGCAGCACUUGCUUCCGCAAUUUCUGAAAGAAUGGUUGACCUUACUCACAUGGAGAAGUGGUGAAAAUUAAAAAAAAUAUAUAUUUGUAAUUCAUAUCACCUGCGGAUCAUAUAUAUAUAUGUAUGUAAUAUCAAGCUUAAAUAUUGUGUAAUUCUAUUGCCUUUUGUUUUUUGGAGGAGAUUGUAGAGUGCAUAUCAGCGUAUGUGUAUUUAGCUGGCUAGGGAUGUAAAUGAAAAUUUUAAUCUGUGGCAGAAAAAGAGGUUCUUCUGGAUGGUUUAAUUGGCUCAUGAAAGUUGGAAUUGUUUAUAAGUAUAGGAAAUGGGUAUAUUUCUUAUCUUCCA